AUGACAGUGGCUUCCCUUGGAGCUGAAAGGGAAGCAUGUAGUGCUUUCAAAAAGUCCACCUUGUCAGCUGAACCAGCUCACAAGAUGUAUCACCAACAGUAUCUAAGCCUGUUAGAGAUGUCCCUGCCUGUUGUGAGAGGUCCUGAGAACAGACAUGGCUUUGCCAGCUUUGAAGAGAAAAACAGCGAUCCUUUCCUAAAGUUCAAUCCAUUCACCCCUCCAAUAGGGAUGAUGUGUGAUCCUUCUACAAGAUGGAACAAAAAAGCAAGGGACUAUUUCUACAAGUCAAACACUAAAAUUUAUGAAGAAGUUCCUUGGGAUAAUAUGAUACAUCGCAAAAUCGCACCUCCAGAAUAAGUGGAAGUGCUGGCUGAUCCUCUUUCCCAACAGAGAUACAAUCCUGAACCCAAAAUAAGCCAACAUCUAAUUAUGAUUUAAAUUGUUGGAGGCUUCUGGGACAGAUUUCAGACAAGAUCUUUUACCUCUCCACAGAUACCUGUUGUGUUUAACAGUGUAAAUUCUUGAAUCUGUCAUAUCCCUUUGUAUAUGGGCUAUGUUGGUGCAGGAAAUUCUGAAGACGUUGUCAAUGCCAGUGUAGCCUUAAUACCACUUAGUCAUGUGCAAGCUUCAAAGCCUCCCUUCACAAGUACUGCAGGCACUCCAAAUAUCCCUGGAUACAUUGGCAAGGUUCAUUGGUCAGCAACUCACCCAGCAAAUUCUAAUCUUCCAUCAACAACCCCAUCAAUAAUUGCACGAAUGCAUGGGUACCCAGCCUGCCCUGCGCUGCUGCUCCACAGUGAGCUCAGGCCUGCAGGGUACCAGGCACCAGCAGGGCUGUUCCUCAACAGUCUGCACCCAGCUGUGCUGGACACAGCCAUCAUCAGGCCCUGGGUGUGGAGCAAAGGCAAGGAAGGCACAGUUCGGAGGGCAGCAGACUUCCAGGUCGGCAAUGAGGAAAUCUGUUCAAGAAGCCUGAGGAGACUCAAGAAGUACUUCAGGGGCUUGGGAGGAGUGGUUCAGGGUUCAGGAGCCCAAGUAGUGUACUCAUCCCUCCUGCCACUUGCAAUCAAUGACAACGGCUACAUCACAAAAAUCUCACUAAUUCCUGGCUCCAUGACUGGUAUCAGAGUCAGAAUUUUGUGGGAUUUGACCAUCAGUGAUUCUACACAGCAAAAAGCCUGCUGGAGGCAGAUGGGGUACACCUGUCCCAAAGAGGGAAAAUGA